AUAUGUCUGUCUCUUUCAGAUUCGGAUUUGAGUAUGCGAACACUCAGCACACCAAGUCCUGCACUAAUAUGCCCACAAAACCUACAUAGCUUUCAGAAUGGUAGAGGAUCAUCAACAUCAUCAUCAUCCAUCACAGGAGAGACUGUGGCUAUAGUACAUUCCCCACCACCUACACGUCUUACUCACCCACUGAUACGUCUGGCCUCAAAACACCAAAAGGAUCAUGCAAAUAUCGACCGAAUGCCAGAUCAAUGCAUAAUACAAAUAUUUUCAUACCUACCCACAAACCAGUUAUGCCGCUGUGCCCAAGUCUGCCGACGAUGGUAUAAUUUAGCCUGGGACCCUCGACUAUGGAGGACUAUAAGACUAACUGGUGAAACAUUAAGUGUGGACAGGGCCUUAAAGGUCCUGACACGUAGACUUUGUCAAGAUACACCCAACGUCUGUCUCAUGUUGGAGACAGUAAUUGUUAGUGGCUGCAGGCGGCUCACGGACCGAGGGCUAUACACCAUUGCCCAGUGCUGCCCAGAACUGAGGAGACUGGAAGUGUCUAAUUGUUACAAUAUCUCAAAUGAGGCAGUAUUUGAUGUGGUAUCAUUGUGCCCAAACCUAGAGCAUCUGGAUGUGUCAGGCUGUUCUAAAGUGACCUGCAUCAGCUUGACACGUGAAGCUUCUAUUAAAUUGUCUCCUAUGCAUGGCAAACAGAUAUCAAUCCGUUUUUUGGACAUGACAGACUGUUUUUUGCUGGAAGAUGAAGGACUGCACACAAUAGCAGCUCACUGCACUCAGCUUACUCACCUCUACCUGCGUCGCUGCAUUCGUAUUACCGAUGAAGGUCUGCGAUAUAUCAUGAUAUACUGUACAUCUAUCAAGGAGCUAAGCGUCAGUGACUGCCGCUUUGUCAGUGACUUUGGUAUGCGUGAGAUUGCAAAAUUGGAAUCACGUCUGCGGUACCUGAGCAUAGCCCACUGUGGAAGGAUAACUGAUGUGGGCAUUCGUUACAUUGCUAAGUACUGCAGUAAGCUGCGCUACCUCAAUGCUCGAGGAUGUGAAGGCAUCACAGAUCAUGGGGUGGAAUACCUUGCGAAAAAUUGCACAAAACUGAAAUCUUUGGAUAUUGGGAAAUGCCCUCUAGUUUCAGACAUUGGUUUGGAGUUCCUAGCCCUCAACUGCUUUAACUUAAAGCGCUUGAGUCUUAAAUCCUGUGAAAGCAUCACAGGUCAAGGACUACAGAUCGUGGCUGCCAAUUGCUUUGACCUACAAAUGUUAAAUGUUCAGGAUUGUGAUGUUUCAGUAGAGGCUCUGCGGUUUGUCAAACGCCACUGCAAGCGUUGUAUAAUUGAACAUACAAAUCCUGCAUUUUUCUAA